CCACCCGAGUCCAACAUGGACACGUUUUUCCGCCGUCACUUUAAGAGGAAGGAGGCUGCACUGCAGGUGGAACCUGAGGCCACAUCCGGCCGCCAGCGAAGGCCCAGCGUGGCCGUCCCCACCAGUAAGGCCCGCCGCCGGUCCAACGUCGGCCUCCCUUCCUCCACCCUGACCCAGAGGCGACGGUCCAGUGUCCAGCUGCAGGGUGCGUUGCCCUGUGCGGGCGGGGGGCGUUUGGCGAAAGCAUCCAGACACAGCAGGUUGGCAGGACACGGUCGCAGGCGCUCCAGCACCACCACUCCCAGCCUGAACCCGAGGUUCGCCGUGAGCAGGAAGAAGGUGGGGAAGCUGCGGACCAUCGACACCCACCUACUGGGGCCGUCCAUGCUGCUGGCCAGUCUCAUCCAGAUGGCUGAGGAGGAGGAGGAGGGGCUGGAGGCGGGGCUGCUGACUGGAGAGCAGCAGGUGGAGGUGAGGGGCGGGGCCAACAACAGGAGGAUGUUCUCACGCUCCAGCAGCCUCCACUCAGACGGAGAUGAGGACAGUGACGAUUACUCCAGCAAUGACGACAGCCAAUCAGAAGCCAGUCAGCCGUCAGAGGUGGAGCAGCUGGCCGAGGAGGAAGACGACGCCUCCUGGUCCCCUGAUGGACACGUCUCUCACUCCUCCACCCUGGAGGUGAUGAGAAAGGUCCCGCAGCUGCCGUCGACCUCGCGGCCCCUGAUCCGGGCCCCUCGCUGCCUCCGCAGGAACUCGUCUCAGGUGUGUUCAGGUGACUCGGCUCCUUACAGCCGCUGCCGCGCCUCCAUCCAGAGGAGGAGGAGGAAGAUCUCCACCAUCUCCAAAGCUGGGAGCCCCUGGCCUGGGAGAGGGCCCCCGCUGCCCAGCCGCAGGGCCUCAGUCUACUACCUCACCCACCCGGCCUUCUACAGGGGCCCCGGGGCCCUCAGUCCUCUGGGGGCCCACGGCUACGACUCCCGCCUGGAGAACUGGAGCGCCUUCCUGCUGAAAGCCAUCGCGAAGUCAGGUCUGCAGCAUGCGGCGACUCCGCCGAGCAUCUCAACGUCCAGUCAGAGCGACCUGCUGCAAGAGCCCAGUAGCACCGUGGACUGGAGCGAUAAUGCCCAGUUCGGGGACCACAUCUGGUUUGAGACCAGUGGGUCUGGAGACUUCUGUUAUGUUGGAGAGCAGUACUGCGUCGCCAAGUCGCUGCAAAAGUCUGUGGCGAGGAAGAAGUGUGCCGGGUGUAAGAUCUCAGUCCACACCAUGUGUAUGGAGCAGCUGGAGAAGAUCAAUUUCAGGUGCAAGCCAUCGUUCAGAGAACCAGGAUCCCGAGCCAUUAGAGAGUCCAACGUGGUGAGACAUCACUGGGUCCACAGGAGACGUCAGACAGGGAAGUGUCGACAGUGUGGGAAGGGUUUUCAACAGAAGUUCUCGUUCCACAGUAAAGAGAUUGUUGCGAUCAGCUGCUCGUGGUGUAAACAGGCGUAUCACAACAAGGUGACAUGCUUCAUGCUGCAGCAGAUAGAGGAGUGUUGCUCUCUGGGCGCUCACGCUGCCGUCAUCAUCCCCCCUACCUGGAUCAUCAGGGUCCGUCGACCACAGUCGUCUCUGAAGUCCAGUAAGAAGAAGAAGAGGACGUCACUGAAGUGCAACAAGACGAGUAAGAAGGGAUCUGAGCUCCAAGAUGGCCGCUGGAAGCCUUUCCUGGUGAAGCCCCUCCCCUCUCAGCUCAUGAAGCCUCUGCUGGUGUUUGUCAACCCAAAGAGCGGCGGGAACCAGGGAGCCAAGAUCAUCCAGUCCUUCAUGUGGUACCUGAACCCUCGACAGGUGUUCGACCUGACCAAGGGGGGGCCUAGAGAGGGGCUGGAGCUGUAUGCCAAAGUGCCCAACCUGAGGAUCUUGGCCUGUGGAGGAGACGGGACAGUUGGAUGGAUCCUGUCGGUCCUGGACCAGUUGAACCUUCGUCCUCAGCCUCCCGUCGGGAUCCUUCCUCUGGGAACUGGUAACGACCUGGCUCGGACUCUGAACUGGGGCGGGGGCUACACUGAUGAACCCAUCACAAAGAUCCUGUCUCACGUUGAGGACGGAAACAUUGUCCAGCUGGACCGGUGGAACCUCAAUGUGGAGUCCAACCCUGAGGCGCGAGCGGAGGACAGGGACGAGCAUCAGACAGACAAGCUUCCUAUUGACGUCUUCAACAACUACUUCAGUCUGGGCUUCGAUGCUCACGUCACACUGGGCUUCCACGAGUCGAGAGAGGCGAACCCAGAGAAGUUCAACAGCCGCUUCAGGAACAAGAUGUUCUACGCAGGGACGGCGUUUUCUGACUUCCUGAGCGGGAGUUCCAAAGACCUCGCCAAACACAUCAAAGUGGUGUGUGAUGGGACAGACCUGACAGCCAAAGUCCAGGACCUGAAGCUACAGUGUCUGCUGUUCCUCAACAUCCCCAGGUACUGUGCAGGCACCAUGCCGUGGGGUCACCCUAGUGAGCAUCAAGACUUUGAACCUCAGCGUCAUGACGACGGCUUCAUCGAGGUCAUCGGCUUCACCAUGACGUCUCUGGCCACGCUGCAGGUGGGGGGUCACGGCGAGCGUCUGCACCAGUGUAAAGAGGUGACCCUCACCACCUACAAGUCCAUCCCCAUGCAGGUGGACGGGGAACCCUGUAAACUGGCUCCGUCCGUGAUCCGCAUCAACCUGAGGAACCAGGCCAACCUGGUCCAGAAGACCAAGAGGAGGAUCUCCAUGCCCCACCUCAACGAUCAGCAGCCCCUCCCUGACACGCUGCAGAUCAGAGUGAACAGGAUCAGCAUGGCGGCCUACGAGGCUCUGCACUACGACAAGGACCAGCUGAAGGAGGCCUCCAUGCCGCUCGGAGUCAUCACCGUCCCCGGAGACAGUGACCUGGAGACCUGCCGCCUGCUCAUUGAGCGUCUGCAGGAAAACUUAGACCAGGACAGUGACACGAUGAGGGGGGAGUGUCUAUCUUCACAGAAACUGUCCCUGAAGUGGUGUUUCCUCGACUGUACGACUGCAGACCGCUUCUACAGGAUCGACCGAGCUCAGGAGCACCUGAACUACGUCACGGAGAUCUCUCAGGAGGAGCUCUACAUCCUGGAUCCGGAGCUCGUAUUAAAGGAGACCGUGGGCACCUCCCCUGGGAUGCCGGACCUGGUGGACUCAGAGGAGCACCAGGACCAGCAGAGACAGUUCGCCUUCCCCUGCUCCCCAUCCUCCCCCACCUCCUCAGACACACCCAGGGUGAGAGACUUCCAGAGGAGGAGGAUCUCCAGUGACAGCUCAGUGGCUGAUGCUUUGUCCCAGAGCUCCUCCAAGACGACCCUGUGCAGGAGGGAGGCAAAGUUCCCCAAUGUCCAUCGCUCCAACACCACCCUCGCUGAUUUCAGAUCCAUGAUUCGUCCCUCCAGUGCUAUCUCACACCACCCUGAGAAAGAGGCAGAGCUGAUCAGCUGCAUUGAGGCUGAAGACCUGGACCAGCUAAUGGAGCUCCACCAGCAGGGGGCGGACCUGCUGUUGCAGGACGCAGCCGGCUGCACGCUGCUGCAUCACGCCGUGCGGGUUGAGAGCAAAGAGAUCGUCAAGUACCUCAUCGACCAUGUUCCCACGUCUCACCUGGACGUCACAGAGAGAGAGACAGGUGAGACAGCGCUCCACAAAGCUGCCACUUCCUGUCAGAGGAGCAUCUGUCACUACCUGGUGGAGGGCGGGGCAUCGCUCAUGAAGACAGACCUGCAGGGUGAGACUCCCAAACAGCACGCUGAGAGAGCCAGAGACCAGGACCUGGCUGAGUACCUGGAGAACCGCCAGCAUUACCAGAUGAUCCAGAGAGAAGACCACGAGACGGCAGUCUGACCUCCGACCUGUCUGACCUCUGACCUGUCUGUCCUUAGCUCUUUCAUGUAUCUACUCCCAGCUCAGUGUGUAUAUCAGGGUCAAAGGUCGUGUUUUAACUCCUCAGACUGAAUGUAGUCCACUACUCCUUCCUGUCUGUUCAAGACAGGAGGCUGGUAGACUGAUGACAUCAUGAUUAUCAGUUAUUGUUUUUGUAGACUGAUGACAUCAUGAUUAUCAGUUAUUGUUUUGAUCAAACUGCUUUAACUGACCAGAGAUCAGUGUUUGUUCUGUCGUCUGGUCCAAACUGAAGGAAACCUCUGGACACUAAAGUCAAUUCAAACUAGACCACAAAGGCUCGUUUCUGAAUGUGUCUCAAUGAGCUGAACGUUAGCGCUCUGAACAUUAGCACACUGAACGUUAGCAGUCUGAAUGUUAGCAGUCUGAACGUUAGCAGUCUGAAUGUUAGCAGUCGGAACGUUAGCAGUCUGAAUGUUAGCGCUCCGAACAUUAGCACACUGAACGUUAGCAGUCUGAAUGUUAGCGCUCUGAAUGUUAGCAGUCUGAACGUUAGCAGUCUGAACGUUAGCAGUCUGAAUGUUAGCAGUCUGAAUGUUAGCACUCUGAACGUUAGCAGUCUGAAUGUUAGCAGUCUGAACGUUAGCAGUCUGAAUGUUAGCACUCCGAACAUUAGCACACUGAACGUUAGCAGUCUGAAUGUUAGCGCUCUGAAUGUUAGCGAUCUGAACGUUAGCAGUCUGAAUGUUAGCACUCUGAACGUUAGAAGUCUGAAUGUUAGCAGUCUGUAUGUUAGCGCUCUGAAUGUUAGCAGUCUGAAUGUUAGCGCUCUGAACAUUAGCACUCUGAACGUUAGCAGACUGAAUGUUAGCACUCUGAACGUUAGAAGUCUGAAUGUUAGCAGUCUGAAUGUUAGCGCUCUGAACAUUAGUGCUCUGAAUGUUAGGGUUAGGGUUAGCGUUAGCACUCUAGACAUGAAAGGUAACACUCUAAAUGUUAGCACUCUGAACGUUAGCAGUCUGAAUGUUAGCACUCUGAACGUUAGCAGUCUGAAUGUUAGCAGUCUGAAUAUUAGCACUGUGAACGUGAACGUUAGCGCUCUAAAUGUUAGCACUCUGAACGUUAGCAGUCUGAAUGUUAGCAGUCUGAAUGUUAGCAGUCUGGACGUGAACGUUAGCGCUCUAAACGUUAGCACUCUGAACGUUAGCAAUCUGAAUGUUAGCAGUCUGAAUGUUAGCAGUCUGAAUGUUAGCAGUCUGGACGUGAACGUUAGCGCUCUAAACAUUAGCACUCUGAACGUUAGCAAUCUGAAUGUUAGCAGUCUGAAUGUUAGCAGUCUGAAUGUUAGCAGUCUGGACGUGAACGUUAGCGCUCUAAACGUUAGCACUCUGAACGUUAGCAGUCUGAAUGUUAGCAGUCUGAAUGUUAGCAGUCUGAAUGUUAGCAGUCUGAAUGUUAGCAGUCUGAAUGUUAGCAGUCUGGACCUGAACGUUAGCGCUCUAAACAUUAGCACUCUGACCUGUGUGUAAAUGACAGUGUGUGCAUGUGUGUGCAUGUGUGUGUGUGUGUGUGUGUGUGUGUGUGUGUGUGUGUGUACAGAUGUGAACAGUGACAGCAUUUAUGUGUCUGCAGCUGGAUUUGAUGGAAACUAGAUGCUUUCGCCAUAUCAGUUAGAGCGGCUGCAAAAACGUGUCUUCUCAGCUUCUAGUGAUGAUUUCUGAUGAGAAAUAAGUGUUUGGAUAUUUAAUGUAGCCUCAGAGGAGUUUAGAUAUUUAUGAUGUGUAGAGAUAAAGACUUUAUGUGUUUGUGUCUGCUACAUGAGAAUGAAGCAUAGUGAUGUGUAUCUGCUGUACAUAGCUGAGAUAGACUCAGUGUGAAAACUGAAGCUGAAGCCAGAUUCUGCCAAAGCAGUCAGUCUGUACUAAAAGCUAAUUAUGAUGACACUGUAUGAUAACGAGUAAUCACUGUUUGGUUUUAUCAUUUGAGUGACCUGCAAUAAAGCAUGUCAGUAACAA